UAUGUGAUGUUAUUUGUUACAGGAUGGAGCGUAAUACUUUUUAUUUUUUGUUACAUUUAAUUGGACCCCAAUUAAAAAACUUUCCAUUCAUAGGAAGAGAACAAAUUAAUUCAACAAAACAGCUAUUAAUAGCUAUUUAUGUUUUGGCAACACCAGAUUCUUAUCGCUCCAUAUGUGAAAGAUUUGGUGUUGCCAGAUCAACUGCAUGGUUUUCCGUCAAAAGAGUUGUUCGAGCAUUGUACAGCCUUCGAAAUUGUUUCAUCAGAUGGCCUAAUUAUGAAGAAGCUGAAACAACAUGGACAAACAUGCAGAGAUUGUAUGGAUUUCCAAAAGUUCUAGGUAUCAUUGAUGGAACACAUAUAAACAUUGCUCGACCAAAAAGAGAUGCUAAUAGUUACAUUAACAGAAAAGGCAGAUUCUCUAUGCAAUUACAAGUAAUCUGUAAACAUGAUUUAUCUUUCAUUCAUGUCUUUGCUGGAAUGCCAGGUUGUGUGCAUGACAUGCGAGUGUUUCUUUAUUCUGGUGUACAACAAUAUUGUACUCCAGAAUUUUUUCCUGAAGACAGUCAUUUAUUGGGCGAUGCAGCGUAUAGUAUACAAAAAAAUGUCAUGGUACCAUUCUAUGAUAAUGGUCAUUUAACUAGGAGACAGAAAGAAUUUAAUCGUAAUUUGUCAUCUGCCCGAACAAUUAUAGAAAGAGCAAUCGGAUUAUUGAAAGGACGAUGGCGUUAUUUAUUGGAUAAGUUGCCAAUGACAAGGACAGAUUUAAUUCCAUAUUACGUAGUUAGUUGUUGUGUAUUACACAACAUUUGUUUAUUAAAAAAUGAUGCUAUUGAAAUCCCUGUUGUUGUACCUGAAAUGCUACACGAAAUGGAACCGUUAGCUAUCACUAAUGAAUUGAGAGAAGAAGGAAAUGUAAAAAGAAAUCGAUUAAUGGAAAUAAUUGCAAAUAAUAAUUUUCAAGGCCCAGUUCCACAAUCCAGUUAA